AUGUCACUGUACAACUAUGGUACUUGGGAUCCAAACAAAAUGAAUGUUCUUAUUAUACAUGGAUUUAACGGAGCGGAAAACGAUAGGUCCAUGGUCAUACUUAGGAACGGUAAGCAAUUGUUUUUUUUUUUUGUUUUUUUGUUUUUAAUUAUAAUCAACUUUUAUUUAUAAAAAUAUGUCUUUCGUUCGAAUAAAUUUCACCAUGUUUUAACAAUAAAACAUAAUAAUUAAUUAGAGUCUUAUAUACUAACAAUAACUCUGUCUUCUUUCUACUCGAUUUCCUUUCACCCAUUUUAUUCUUCUCCUUUUCGUCUUCAAUUAUCUAAUCGAUUUGUAACUGAUCUCCAUUCAUUUAAAUCCUUAUAACUAUCCUUAUCCAUCCUAUCCUUAUGUUAUCUUUGUCUAUCAUAAUUUCUUGAACGCCUAUUCCCAUUCUUAGUCUACCACUUCCGAUAUGACUUAUUACGUCAUAAAAAAAUGAUUCUAUGACGGUAAUUAUCAAACCGUCAUGACACAGUAUAGAUGUCCCUUUUAUUUUGUUCCUUUUGAAUACUAUAUGGCAAAGCUCUCGUUUUUCCUUUUUCUAGUUCGGUAAUUCCUGGUCAAUUAUCGAUUAAUCUAGUCUUCUAAAUCUUAAGCAUUUAUUGAUAUAACACCACAUUUUAAUUUUUCUCUUUUAUAUCAAUUGUCCAAGUUUUGCAGCCAUUUGGGACAAUACUCCAUCAAACAUAUUAUUUUAGGAAUAUUUUCUUCAUUUUUUAGUCGGUAUAUUAUAUUGUGUUCUAUAAAAAUAUUUUAGCAUAUUUGAUGCGAGGUGACUUCAACGUAUUCAUGGUAGACUGGAGCCCGCUAACCGUGUACCCCUGUUACCUGUCUUCGUUGAGAAACACGCGUCUGGUGAGCCAGUGCACUGCCCAGUUGUACUCGCGACUCACGUAUUCGGGCGCUUCCGCUUAUCGCAUACACUGCGUCGGCCAUAGUCUCGGGGCGCACAUAUGCGGCAUGAUCAGCAAUCACUUGUCUGAGAGACAACACAAGAUAAUAGGUAAGUGUGUGUCAUAGAGUAUUAAGAAUUCUUACAAUUUUAUAAUGUGUGUCCUCCACCCACCUAUCAUUUAUCAAGGACUGUUAAUCUCCGUCAACACCGCCAAAGUGUCACCGCCUGUGAAAGACGGCAGUGACAAACCUAGGGACUCGGAGUUAGGAAGUUUUAGGAGUUAUAAAACCUGGUCGGUUGGCAACCCAAUAUUGUUCAUUAUUUACUUUUUUUUUCUUUUUUUUUUUUUGUUCGGACCGUAUUCUUUAUAAAGAUUAAGAUUUUCACCAGACGUCUCCCAAAAAUACGUUUAUGUCAAUUUUGCAAAGUACAUGAGGCCGAAAUCGGUAUAAUUAUGCGUAUAAUAAUUUAAACGAUACUAUAAUAUAAUAGAUGGAAAUGGUAAAAAAAAAAAAACAAAAAAAAAACAAAUAGCGUGGUGCCACACUGACCCCAAUAUGCAUUAACUGGAAAAUAACGACAGACAAAAAGCUGUAAUAUAACAAAAUUAGAUAUAAAUUAAACCAUGUAUAACAAUGAUAUAAUUAUAAUCGCAUCGAUGUAAUUAUAAUAAUAAUGAAGUAUUUAUUAUAAUUAUUAUAUUUUAAUAAUAAUUAUAAUUAUUUUAUCGUUAUAAUUUCCGAAGGGGCUAAUAUGUUUUAAUAUGGUUUCGUUUAGACCGACAAUCGGGCACAAAAUUGAACAUGCGUACCUACUGCAUAGUGGCGUAGUAUGGGUUUCAACUUAAUGUGUGCGUUUAAAAUGUCUGUUCUGUGGAUAUUGUAAUACGUUGUAACUUAAUUCACUGUGGACGUUGUAAGACGGUCGUAAACUGUACGAUAAUGAUAUAGAUAUUGAAGACAGUACAUAUAGGAAAUUAUAAUUGGAAAGAAAUCAUAGAUACCAACCCAGUAUAGCACAUAGUUAUUUUUAUAUUUUAUCCGUGUUACUAAAGUAUAUUGGUAUACAAUUUACACAUUUAUUUUAAUUAAUAACUAAUUAUUUACUAACUUUAUCGAAAUAAAUUUAUGCCUUAAACCUGUUCUGUGAAGUCCUCUUUAAUUUAAAAAAAAAAACUACAUGAUGAUUGAAUAAGUAGUUUCGAAGUCAACUCGUUACAAAGAUUUCCAUUUUCGCUUUUAUAUAUAUAGAUAAAAUAUUUGUUUCAAUUUUUUAAGCUUAUGCUAUGCAUACAAGUACGCUACACUAUUGCUACUCCAGUUCUAGUUCUGAGAACCGUUACGAUCUUAUAGUAUACAAGGUGAUCAAUAUAUCAAUAUAACGUUGGGCACACAUUAUCUCGGAAAGUCUUGACUUUUUUCGGAAUUUAUAUUUUAGAAAAUGUGUGUAUCUAGCGACUCUAAAAUGUUUGCCACGUAUAGAAGUAUAUUAGACUUCAUUUGAAAUUAAUAUAAAAGACAAACUUUGGUAUUACGGUAUGCUAUUCAAACGGUAUUCGAUCAAUAACCGAUUUACCGAAAAAACCGUCAACCUUAGAUGUACCCCACUGUCGGACCGAGAUUCGUCCUAUUACGAUGGUAUGGGCAACCAGAGGGCUAGCAGCACGCGCAGGACGAAUGAAAAAAUAGCUGCGCGCAAAGAGCCCAAUCGUUGGUGAAAAAAUCGACAAGGCCAAUCGUUAUGAAAUUGAGUCAUUCAGUGAUGAAUAGUUGACACCGCAACAGCAAAAAAUAUUUCUUUUUUUCCAAACGAUAUUGGCUAUACAACAUAAUAUAGCAUAUAUUUAGACACACCAACAGUCAACAGUAUAUAAUAUCAUGCAGUAGAUGCUGCAAGUAUUUAAAACUAAUAAAAUGUAAACAAUAUUGCCUAUUCAAUACGCCUUAAAAAUAUGUUCAGUUCCAUAACUCGAUACACGUUAGCUUUUCAUAAAUCGUAAAUAUUCAAUUUUAAAAAGCACGUUGUUUUCACUAACGUGAAUAAUAUAUGUUUUAUUUAUUAAAUUUUGUCUGUUUUUAAUUCCAUUGUUGAACUAUAUUUUGUCUACAAUGUGUCCACCAUACAAAAACUGUAAAACUUCUAUAAAACCUCUCAAGGCGUUACUGCGUUAGUAAUAUACCUAGGUAACACUUUUUACAAUCAAUUAAUUUUGCAGGUUUGGAUCCGGCAAGACCGCUCAUAGAUAUGUUUACGAGGGAUGAAUUUCGGUUGACGAGAGACGACGCCAAUUUCGUCGAAGUCAUACACACCAAUUCGGGACUUUAUGGAGAGUUUCCUCAAAUAGGACACGUUGAUUUUAGCAUUAACGGUGGUCGCAUGCAACCGGUCUGCACUAGCGAAGGAAAUAUCAUACGUAAAAUAUAAUAAAACAUUAUAAAAUAUAAUAUCAUAUAGUUAAAAAUUAGAAUUAUUUAAUAUUAUUAGUUUUUAAAACAGUCGAAAGCUUUAGAGAUUAAUAUAUGUACUGGACGUUAUUAUAGUGGUGAAUUAUAAUAAGAUAAUGUGAUGAUUUAAAAUCAAAAAAGUAUGAUAUUACAAAAAUAAUUUUGAUGGGUUUACGUCAUACUUCAUAAUGAAAAAAGAAAAAGAAAAUAAUUAGAAUACUUGUAUUUUGCUCGAUCUAUUUUAAAACUCGAUUUCUCAACGGAAAAUCAAAUGAUUCAGUAAUAAUACUGAUUUAACUCUUGGUUUUUUUUAUUUUUUUUUUUUUUCAAUUACUAUCGAAUUACCUUCUAGAAAACGUAUUACACUCUGUGACAGAAAUAAAAAGAGUUGAUUCUGGGAAUGGGUAUGGUCACUGGUUUUGGUGGAUAAUUGGGAAGGUGGGAUACAUAAAGUUAUUUAAUUUAUACCUGUAACGAACGAAAAACGAUUUGGAGCGAAGUUCGGUUGUUAAUAUUUUAAAAGGCCGUAAUAUUAACGAUUUUCGUAAAAAAAAUAAAUUCAUUUUUUUACCAAAAAUUGUUUUACAGACAGAAAAUGUUAAUAAAAAAAACCAAAUAGAUCCCCUCGCCACUCUUCGAUUCUCAAAAACAUUAAAAUUAGUUGCAAAUAAUAUUUUAUAUCUAUUCAUAGAUUGACGGAGAUUAAUUUAUUUUUUUUGGUUUUUCGUUAAUUAUAUGUCAUUGAGAAUAACUUUCAUCGAAUAUGUUUAUUACUUGUAAACAUUUAUUAUAGUAUAAGAAUAAUCUACAAAAGUUUACAAAAACCAUACAAAUUAGAAAAUAUAUUAUGAUAAGUUACGCGAAUGUACACAUUAUAAAUUCACUUGGAGCGAUUUUUGUUUUGAUAAUUAAAUAAAUGUAAUGUUUUUUAAUUUUGGACGAGCACAAAAUGAGAUUAUAUUCAGUUAUUCUCUAUACAAUUUUGGUUCUGUAUAACAAAUUCUUUAAUACAAAUUGAUUGUUGCGUUAACAAAUAGUUUAUUUUAAAGAUUAAACACUGAUACUGCAUCGAAUAUGCCACUGUUUUAGGAAGGAAGUUGAAAAGAUGUAAUAUAUAGAGUAAUUUACCUAAUUCAUAUCUGUACAUAUUAAUAAAUCAAUAUUAACUCUACUUUCUCGUUUAGGUUAUGUCGAGAAACUAUUCUAAGCAAAGUAUUAUUAGUUAAAUUUUCUUUUGCUGCUAAGGUACUCAGAAAUUAACAAACAUUUUAAAUAAAAUUGGCAGUUUUCUUUACUAUAAAUAUAUAAUACUUCUUUACUAUCUUAUUUAUAAAAAAAACUACAAAACUACAAUGACUUCUUCAAUGUGUAAACUAGGUCAAAUUGUCUCCAGUAUCAGCUCUUUUUUUAAUUUUCUUAUAUUUAGAUUUAUCGUCAAAGUGCGACUGUUCGAAUAUUGACAUUAGCUUUGUACUUAUAAUUUUGUUAUUAAUCUAUAGAAUAAAAUAUUUUUAUAAAUAUAUCUAAAGAUCAGUGAUUAUAAUAAUAUUUUUUUAGGACAAUCCCGGUGCAGCCAUUUGAAGAGCGUAUGUUAUUUUGCGUUAUCUCUGUCGAGAAGGGGCAACGUGUUUUUGGGCAUUCAGUGUACGGAAACUUGUGACAGAGUUAUUCUACCAACAUUCUCAAAACGACUCAAUGUCGUGCCUAUGGGUAUACAGACGCCAGAAUGGUAUAUUAUACGUAAUUUAUAAUUUAUUGAACAAAUAUAAACUGCAAUUAAUUAAGGUAUCACGUGAUUAGUGUCCUUAUUGCCACUAACAUUUGUUCACUCUCGCUAUCGCAAGUAAUAAAACAAAAAAGUCAUUCCUCAAUUUAGCGGUCACGACUCUCUGGUUUGGCUUAAGGCAAAAAGACCGAUAAUAUACACUUCACAGAAAGAGUAUUUAUUAUGAAUCCUUUUUAAUGUUUUUUUUAGUAUUAAUUUUAUAAAAGAAAAGAUGAUUAAGAAAUUAAUACAUUUAAAAAGUCUUCAGUAGAAUCGAAUGUAUAGUAUUAAAUGUUAUGUUAUUUUAUAUGAUACUUAAUAACAUUAGCUACUUAAAAAAUAAAUAAUAUUCAUGUUUUUAAUUUUUGGUUUUAUUUUCACACAUGGGUAAUAUUUUUGUGCGAGUUGUUCACACGGAUUUCGUAUACUAUGUCGGGAACAUGCCUAACGAUAUAUUCUAUGAAAUAAAUAAUAUAUGUUUACCUUAUGGUGUACAAUGUUAAUAAUAUUAGUGUAUAAAUCUUCGUCAUUAAUUAAGUAUUUUAUGUUUUUUUUUCAUUUCACAGGGUGAGAGGUACAUUUUACGUUGCGUACGACGAUCCAGAUAACUUUUGCCGGUUUAACGAACAAUAA